UUAAGACAACUUAAAGAUGAAAUUAUCCAUCUCAAAGUAUUGAAAACCUACUCUGUUUUACACUUUAUCUUUCAAGCGGCAGAAAGAUAAAAAUAAAUUGCUCUUUCUCUCUCGACCGAGCUGAAAAAAUGGCUAAUGGGAUAGAAAACGAGGAGGUAGUUAUAGUAAAGCCUCAAACAGACAAGAGAAAGUACAGGAGGAUCGUCCUAGGAAACUCCCUCCAAGUUCUCCUGGUCAGCGAUCCCGACACCGACAAGUCUGCUGCAUGUAUGCUUGUUAGCGUGGGCAACUUCUCCGAUCCAGAUGGCCUCGAGGGCCUUGCCUCUUUUCUUUUGCGCGUGCUGCAUAAUGCUAGUGAAAAAUAUCCUGCAGAAGGUAGCUUCAUCAAGUACGUUAGCGAGCAUGGAGGGCACCGAAAUGGCUCUAUGAAUUGUGAUUGGACCAGCUAUUAUUUUGACAUCAACAAUGACAGUUUUGAAGAAGCUUUGGAACGGUUUUCCCAGUUCUUAAUCAAACCAUUAAUGCCAUCUGAAGCUACCGUGAGGGCAAUUAAAACUAUUGAGUCCGCAUUCCAAAAAAACUUACUGUCUGACGGGCGGAGAGCGUACCAGCUUCAGAAACAUUUCAGCAUAGAGAGUCAUCCUUAUCAUAAAUAUGGUUUAGGGAACUGGUAUUCGUUGGAAGUUAGACCAAAAGCAAAAGGACUGGAUAUAAGACACGAGCUCUUAAAGUUCUACGAAGAAAAUUAUUCUGCCAACCUCAUGCAUUUGGUUGUAUAUACAAAAGAAAGCCUUGAUAAAAUCCAAAGCUCCGUGGAGAACAAGUUCCAAGACAUUCGAAACUCCAACCAACGUGGUUUCCGCAUUACCGGUCUGCCUUUCACGUCAGAACAUCUAAUGAUUCUUGUCAAGCUUGUUCCAAUAAAAGAAGGGCACAAAUUGAGAGUUGAAUGGCCAAUAACCCCAAGCAGGCAUCAUUACAAGGAAGCGCCAUGCAAGUAUCUGGGUCAUGUCAUUCGCCAUAAAGGAGAAGGAUCCGUGUAUCACAUCUUGAAAACACUAGGAUGGGCUAUGCAAUUGUUUGCCGAUGAAAAUGAGAUAACAUCAGAGUUCUCUUUCUUUACAGUAGCAGUUGAUCUUACUGAAGAUGGUCAUGAGCAUAUGCAGGAUAUUGUGGGGUUGCUCUUUAAAUACAUCAAAUUCUUGAGGGAGUCUGGUAUUUGCAAACGGGAAUUUGAGGAGCUUUCAACUGUUUGCGAGAUAAACUUUCACUAUCAAGACAAAAUCCCACCUAUUGAUUAUGUUAAGGAAAUCGCGUCAAGAAUGCAGAAAUAUCCACCCAAAGAUUGGUUGGUAGGCUCAUCGUUGCCUUCAAAUUUCAAUCCUGACCUUAUGCAAAUGAUUCUGAGAGAGUUGUCACCAGAGAAUGUCCGAAUCUUCUGGGAGUCAAAGAAAUUGGACGGGGAGACGGAUAAGGUUGAGCCGUGGUAUGGUACUCCUUAUUCUGUGGAAAGGGUCACAACUUCGAUGAUUGAGAAAUGGAUGUCAUCAGCUCCUAUUAGUGAUUUGCAGCUACCAGCAGCUAAUAUGUUCAUACCCAAAAAUUUUUCUCUCAAGGGUGCGAGAGAAAAGGUCAAGUUUCCAGUUUUGUUAAGAAAGUCAUCCUAUUCAAAACUGUGGUACAAGCCUGAUACAAUGUUCUCCUUACCUAAGGCAUUUGUUAAAAUAGAAUUCAACUGUCCCCACGCUAGAAUCUCUCCUGAAGCUGAAGUUCUUGCAGACAUUUUUGUACGGUUGUUGAGGGAUUACUUAAAUGAACACGCUUACUACGCUGAAGUUGCUGGCCUUGAUUGUUAUAUAAGGCGCACAGACAGAGGUUUUGAGGUGACACUAGAUGGUUAUAAUGACAAGGUGAACAUUUUGCUGGAAACUGUAAUUGAUAAGAUUGCAAAUUUUGAAGUGAAACCCGAUAAGUUCUCUAUAAUCAAGGAAAUGAUAACAAAGGACAUUUACAACUUCAAAUUUCGAGAACCCUAUGAGCUGGCUAGUGUCUACUACCCAUUAAUAUUGAACAACAUACGAUGGCCUUGGAAGGACAAACUUGAAGUUUUACCUCUUUUGAAAGUAGAAGACCUUGUCAAAUUUAUCCCCAUGAUGUUUUCAAGCACCUAUGUGGAGUGUUUCAUAGCAGGAAACAUGGAACGUGAAGAAGCGACUUCAAUAGUUGAAAUUAUUGAAGACAAAUUCUUUAAGGGUUCAAACCCGAUAUGCCAACCGUUGUUUACAUCCUUACAUCUCACUAAUGAAGUUGUUAAACUUGAAAGAGGCAUGAAUUAUUUAUACUCUGAAAAGGGCCUGAAUCCAAACAAUCAGAAUUCGGCCAUACUCCAUUAUAUUCAGGUUAAUCGAGAUGAUUUUGUAUUGAACGUAAAACUUGAGCUUUUUCACCUUAUUGCAAAGGAACCAGCCUAUCAUCAGCUUAGAUCAGUUGAGCAACUUGGGUACCAUAAUUACUUCUAUUUAAGCAAUGAUUUUGGAAUUCAUGGAGUGGCAUUUCUCAUUCAGUCGACAGUGAAGAGUCCAAGAGAGAUUGAUUUGAGAGUUGAGGAAUUCCUCAAGAAGUUUGAGAAUAAAAUUUAUGAAAUGACCAGCGAUGAAUUUAAGAGUAAUGUAAAUGCAUUGAUUGAUAUGGACACGGAGAAGCACAAAAACUUACGGGACGAAUCUAUAUAUUACUGGCAGGAGAUCGUCAAUGGCACCCUCAAGUUUGAUAGGAAAGAAGCCCAGGUUGAAAUAUUAAGACAGCUUACACAACAGGAAUUCAUAGAUUUUUUUGAUGAAUAUAUAAAAGUUGGUUCACCCCGAAAGAAGACUCUAAGUGUGCGAAUCUACGGGAAGAAUCAUCUAACAGAAUACAAAUCAGAGAAAAACGAACCACUUGAACUGCAGUACGUUCGCAUCCAUGAUAUCCUGAAUUUUAGAACAUCACAACCUCACUACGGUUCGUCUAAAGGAAGCUUUAUCCAUAUGAAGCUGUAAAAAAAUUAAACAAGAGGGGCUGACAUGGAGUAGAAGCCAGCCGACACCCUUCUCCUCAGUCAGCAAGCUUUGUCUAAUUGGAAGAUUAGUGUUCAAAGCUUUAUCCAGUUGUUGGAUGUAUUCCCUCUCUUAUUUCUCUUUGUUUUCGAUUUAUGUUUUUUUUUUUUUCCUUUUUUUUAAAUAUUUUUCUUCAUCAAUAAAAUGCAUGUAAAUUAGGCUUGUAAAAAUGGCAAUAUACAACUCCAUUAUAAUUUCAAUUUCCUUAAUUUAAUUUUAUGUGAUAUUUUCUCGUCAAUGAGCCAUAUAUGUAUAUUGGAUUCGUCAUCAUUGAGUAA